CCUCCUCCUCUUAGAAUUUAAGCCAAUUACAACUUUUCUUCUUCCUUCUCUCCUCAAAUUCGAUCUGCAAUUCUCAGUUAUUGCAUUUUUUGCGAUGGCAGACGGUCACGAGACUGAUAAAAACAUUGAGAUAUGGAAGAUUAAGAAGCUAAUCAAAGCACUUGAGGCAGCAAGAGGCAAUGGAACAAGCAUGAUUUCUCUUAUCAUGCCUCCGCGUGAUCAGAUUGCGCGUGUCACUAAAAUGCUUGGUGAUGAAUUUGGAACUGCUUCGAACAUCAAAAGUAGGGUUAAUCGUCAAUCUGUUUUGGGGGCCAUUACGUCUGCUCAGCAAAGGUUGAAGCUUUACAACAAGGUUCCUCCGAAUGGGCUUGUGCUUUACACGGGAACAAUUGUCACUGAUGAUGGCAAGGAAAAGAAGGUCACUAUUGACUUUGAGCCUUUCAGGCCUAUUAAUGCAUCUCUUUACCUUUGUGAUAACAAGUUUCAUACUGAAGCUCUGAAUGAACUUCUGGAAUCUGAUGACAAGUUUGGUUUUAUUGUCAUGGAUGGUAACGGGACUCUUUUUGGUACACUAAGUGGAAACACACGUGAGGUCCUUCAUAAGUUUUCUGUUGACCUUCCUAAGAAGCAUGGAAGAGGAGGUCAGUCAGCACUACGGUUUGCUCGGCUCCGUAUGGAAAAGCGCCACAACUAUGUAAGGAAGACCGCUGAACUUGCUACACAGUUUUAUAUCAAUCCUUCCACUAGCCAGCCCAAUGUUUCAGGACUGAUACUUGCUGGUUCAGCUGACUUUAAAACUGAGCUUAGUCAGUCUGAUAUGUUUGAUCCCCGCCUUCAGGCGAAAAUCCUGAAUGUUGUGGAUGUUUCUUAUGGAGGGGAGAAUGGGUUUAAUCAGGCAAUUGAGUUGUCUGCUGAAAUCCUUUCAAAUGUGAAGUUUAUACAAGAGAAGCGCCUGAUAGGGAAAUAUUUCGAAGAAAUAAGUCAGGACACUGGAAAGUAUGUUUUCGGUGUUGAUGACACACUGAAAGCUUUGGAAAUGGGUGCUGUUGAGACACUUAUUGUUUGGGAAAAUCUGGAUAUGAAUAGGUACACUUUGAAAAACACCACCAACAACGAAGUUAUAAUAAAACACUUGAACAAGGAGCAAGAAACAAACCAGAGCAGCUUCCGUGACUCUGGCACGAAUGCUGAAUUGGAGGUUCAGGAAAAGAUGCCACUUCUCGAAUGGUUUGCUAAUGAAUACAGGCGAUUUGGUUGCACACUUGAGUUUGUUACCAACAAGUCGCAAGAGGGAUCCCAGUUCUGCAGAGGCUUUGGUGGGAUUGGGGGAAUCCUCCGUUACCAGCUUGAUAUGAGGACAUUUGAUGAGUUUUCUGAUGAUGGAGAAGUUUACGGUGAUUCUGAAUAGCAAUCAAUCAAACAUACUCCACUGCUGGUGCAGGGAGAUGGGGUGAAAACCCUGUACCAGUGCGCGACAUGUCGCGCUUGCUUCCCAGUUUCUGUGUUCCAAAAGUUCUUCAAAGUUCUAUUGAGGGGCAAUUGCAUGAUGUCUCUGCAAAGCAAGCUUAAUACUAUUAUGCCACAUGGACUUUGUGAUGGAGCAGCUCGGUAUGAUCGAACGCAAAGAAAUCAUGGAAAUGAAAGGUCAGAAGGGCUACUGCUUAAGGAUGGAAGGGGCCAUGUGUGGUUGGUCGCUUGGUUAUUGUUGGGACAAAGACCCCUUUCAGAUAUAUAAUAUAUAAUAUAUAUAUCAUCGGUAUGCAAGCUAUGGAUGGUUUGUAAUAAAAUGCUAUGUCUUUGACAUACUCUCAUUUGGUUUUGUUAUUUUUGGUUAUGGCGGAAGUAUCUGUUGAACAUUUACUUUUUUGUGAACCUUAUAACAUGGAUGAUAUUAUGAUGAUUAUUGUUAUGAUAUAUGUUUAAAGUAAGAGUAUCCUGUAUUGUGUUGGGUUGUGAAAUUUGAAA